CAGAUGAUAGAAUAAAAGAAUCUGGAUGUUGUGGGCAGUAAAGUGGUUCGAGAUGAGACCCCACCCAGCCUGGGCGGAGAACCUACUAACUUCCUUAUACUCGCUUCUCCAGUCUCACUUCUACAUUCACUCACUUAUUUUGUCAUUCAGAUCACUGAAAGAAGGAAAACAUGUCGGGAGUGGCAUCAACCUUGGCUCAGAAGAGAGCCCGGGCUGCUGGCUUCGGUACCAACGCCAAUGCCAAUAAGUACCUGAAUCAGGAUUUCGAGGCUCUGAGGUCGGAGUGUUUGAACCAGGGCAGAUUGUUCUGUGAUCCAGAAUUUCCAGCUGAACCUCAUGUACUGGGCUUCAAUGAACUGGGACCAAACUCAUCCAAAACCAGAGGGGUUCAGUGGAAGAGACCCAAGGACUUAUGUUCCAACCCUCAGUUCAUCAUUGGAGGGGCAACCAGGACCGACAUCUGCCAGGGAGCGCUGGGUGAUUGUUGGCUCCUGGCAGCUAUCGCCUCUCUCACCUUGAACGAGGAUGUGAUGGCGAGGGUGGUACCUAGAGGUCAGGAAUUUGGAGGCGGCUAUGCUGGAAUCUUUCACUUUCAGUUUUGGCAGUUUGGUGAGUGGGUGGACGUGGUAAUCGAUGAUCGGUUGCCGGUGAGGGACGGAAAGCUGCUGUUUGUUCAUUCGGCAGACAACAAUGAAUUCUGGAGCGCUCUGCUGGAGAAAGCCUACGCCAAGGUAAACGGAUCGUACGAGGCUCUUUCAGGAGGCUCCACCACCGAGGGCUUUGAGGAUUUCACCGGCGGAAUAGCAGAAAGUUAUGAGCUGAAAACUGCACCAGCCAACAUGUUCCAGAUCAUCCAGAAAGCGCUGAACUCUGGAGGUUUGCUCGGAUGCUCCAUUGACAUCACAAGUGCUGCUGAUUCAGAAGCCAUCACUCGGCAGAAGUUGGUGAAGGGACACGCCUACUCCCUCACCGGUGCUAUCGAGGUGAAUUCUCGGGGUGGGUUAGAAAAGUUGGUGCGUAUGAGGAACCCAUGGGGUCAAGUGGAGUGGACCGGAGCCUGGAGUGAUGGUUCGUCUGAAUGGAACUCUGUGAGUCCUUCAGAGCGACCAAAUGCCAACGCAGAGGACGGAGAGUUCUGGAUGGCGUUUUCAGAAUUCAUGCGUCAAUACUCUCGUAUUGAGAUUGUUACUCUGACCCCUGAUGCUGUCACUUCUGAUUCUGUGAAACCAUGGAGCGUGAAUAACUACAGCGGAACCUGGAGGAAGGGAUCCACUGCUGGAGGGUGCAGGAACAACCCCUACACGUUCUGGAUGAAUCCUCAGUUUGUGAUUAAGCUGAACGAGGAAGACGACGACCCCAGUGAUAACGAGACGGGCUGCAGUCUGGUGGUCGGUCUGAUCCAGAAGAACCGGAGGCGCCUGAGGAAGCAGGGAGAGGACAUGCACACCAUCGGAUACGCCAUCUACGAGGUUCCUUCUCAGUUCCAGGGUCAGAUGAACGUUCACCUGGAUAAGAAUUUCUUCCUGACCCACGCUCAGAAGGCUCGAUCUGAAACCUUCAUUAACCUGCGUGAGGUUAGCACCCGAUUCUGUCUGCCGGCUGGGGAAUACCUCGUCGUCCCUUCCACCUACGAACCCAACAAGGAUGGAGACUUCUGCCUGCGCGUCUUCUCCGAAAAACAGGCUGAAACUCAACGCUGUGAUGAUCCUGUCGAUGUUGUAUUAGAUAAUGAGACGGUGUCGGAUGCUGAGGUCGAUGCAGGAUUCAGAGGAUUGUUCACCAAACUUGCAGGAAGUGACAUGGAGAUCUCAGCUCUGGAACUCAGAUCCAUCCUGAAUAAAAUCAUCGCCAAACGAACCGAUAUUAAGACGGAUGGUUUCAGUCUGGACACGUGUCGCACCCUGGUGAACCUGAUGGACGACAGCGGGAAUGGAAAACUCGGGCUGUGUGAGUUCGCUACACUGUGGAAGAAAAUCCAGAAGUACCUGGAUAUCUAUAAGAAGAAUGAUAUGGAUAAUUCUGGUAACAUCUCCACUCCGGAGUUACGCACAGCACUGAAACUAGCUGGGUUCAGUCUGAAUGACACCAUAUUCCAGAUGUUGGUGGCUCGUUACUCUUCGCCGGAUCUCACUGUGGAUUUUGACGACUUUGUGGCUUGUCUGAUGCGUCUGGAGCUCAUGUUCCGAAUGUUCAAGAAAAUCGAUGCUCACAGCUCAGGCUUCAUCGAACUCGAUAUGCAAAUGUGGCUGUCUUUAACAAUGAUCUGAAGCAGCUGGAACAGUUCAGGUGUUCAUAUGUCCAGAUGUUCCACAUCCUGUUACUUCAACGAAAUUCACAUGGUCACUGUUACUUCCCAGUAAAUCUCCGUCUGAAUCGGGAACAAAUAUUCAUUUUUUUAUCUGUUAGCUCUUCUGAACAUUAUAAUCUGGUUCCGAUUAAAUAAUCAGGUUUUUAUAAUAACUGUUUGAUGUUCAGAUUUGUGUUGAGCAGGUGGAGGUGAUUCUGAUUCUAAAACACAUAUUUUAAAGGUUUAAAGGAAACUGAAUUAAAACUGUUCAUAUAAAACUGUUGACUAUGAAAAAACUAUGAAACUGCCAAUGACUAACCUGGAAUAUCAGGAGUUAUGGGAAUUAGGAUUUGGUAUUAGGGAUAAGAAUUUGGGGUUAGCAUGUUAUAAUUAAUAUAUUUGCAGUUAUUUGUAAUGUUAAAGGAUUUUAAUGACUUUAAAUGACACUAGGUUACUCACUAUAUAAUAAUAUUGAUUAAAUUUAUUAUUAAAAUACAUUUCGGAGAGUUCUAUUUUUAAAUGUUUACCUUGUAAUAGAUCAUUCUGCAUUGUUGUUCUGGACUUCAUGUACUGACUGAUGUAUGUCAGUUUUUUUCCUUCAAAUUAUUAAACAGUUUUUAAUAAAGAAUUUUGCAUCCAAA